CCAGCUCAUCUCUAUCCGGAAGUAACGUUGGGAGCUCAUCUGACGCGCGUCCGCAUCGUCAACUUUGUUUAGUUUCAUACCUCUCGCCUCGUUGCUCGGCUCCCCGUUUUGACCAAAAGACCCAUACGCCCGAAUCACGAAGCAUGGCCGAGGGUCCCGAGGCCGAAGUGGAUGAGCCACCUCGAUGUCAUUUGCCGCCACUCAUCACAGUUUCGGAUCUGCCCGGUGCUACGGAGGCAGGUCGCAACCUGAAGGAAUGGCUUGAGGAACAGUUUUGCGACAAGCCUCUGGAGCAGGACGACAUGCGGCUCCACAACGCCGCCUACGUAGGCGAUCUGGACACACUAAAGAACCUGCUGGAGGAGGAGGCCUUCCGACAGCGCAUCAAUGAAAAAUCAGUGUGGUGUUGCGGCUGCUUACCGUGCACUCCCCUGCGCAUCGCGGCCACAACGGGGCACGCCGCCUGCGUGGCUUACCUGAUUGCCCAAGGUGCUGAGGUGGACUCUGUGGACGUCAAAGGCCAGACAGCAUUGUAUGUGGCUGUGGUGAACGGUCACCGCGAUUGUGUGCGCGUCCUCCUGGAGGCCGGGGCCGACCCCAAUGGGAGCCGUCACCACCGCAGCACGCCGCUCUACCAUGCCGCGCGUGUUGGGAGCGUCAACGUGUUGCAAGAACUCAUCAGUUUUAAUGCAGAUGUGGACAUGGACCACUUGCUGCGCCCCCGGCUGCUGUUGAGCGCCCGCACCCUCAACACCUUGGUGGUUUGCCCCCUGUACAUCAGCGCCGCCUACCACCACCUCCACUGUUUCCGGGCACUGCUGGAGGCCGGCGCACAGCCCGACUUUAAUUACUCUGGGCCUGUUUGCCACGAUGCCCUGAGGCGUGGCCUAGCCUCGUGCAUGUUGGAUGCCGUGUUGAAACAUGGAUGCGAGGCGGCCUUCGUGCAGCUACUGCUGGACCACGGGGCCCGAACAGAGUACGUGGCCUUUGAUGAGUCGCGUCUGGACGAUCCUAAUCGCAGGAGGGUGGAUCCGGAAGCCCUCAGAACUUUCUUGGAAGCCAGGAGAUGCCCUCGCAGGUUGACCCACGUGUGUCGCGUGGCCAUCCGCAGAGUGAUGGGCAAGAAGCGUCUGCACCAUAUACAGGCACUGCCGCUUCCCGAAGCCAUCAAGAACUUCCUGCUUCAUCGGAACUGACAAAACAGGAAAAUAAUGCCUCUGCUGGACACAGUAUAACUGACUGCAUAUUUUUACUGUAUGUACUGUCUAUUUAUUUAGUAUGACUCAUGGUUGUAUGUACAUGCUAUACAAUUGAACUAAACAGCUGUAGUGCAAUUAUUGUAAGAGGAAAUGAUAUCUGAACAGGGACAGGUGGCUAUGAAGAUGCUCAAUGCAAAGUAAGUACUAUGCUAAAAGAACAUUUAUCCUUAAUGAUGCACAAAACUGCCUGAUACUUGGUGUGUUUACUGAAUGGCUGCCGCACAAACAUUUCUUUAUAUAUUGCCUUGUAUGUAUCAUUUAUUUAUAUUCAGUAAAACUCUUAUAACGUAA